ACGCUUGCGUCUUUGUCGUAAUAAACUAUUACGUUGCUCUGUGUUCGGAUCCUAACGAUUACUAAGCGUUUUUGAUUGUCAUUUUUUUAUAUUUAAUUUUUUUAGUCUUAAAUUAAAAUUUUCAGAUCUGCAUAUAAUUUAUCACGUUGCGUUCCACAUCGGUGACUCGGCCGUCGUAGAUGAGAGCAUCGUCUUUCUUGCAAGUUUGCAAGACAAUAUUGUUUUUAUAAAUUAACAGAGUAUUGCGAUCGCGCAAAUAUGACGGACAAUGUCAAAGAAGUAAAACGUGAGACAGAGGAUGAAGAAUUGAACGAUUUAUUGGCCAGUGCUCUACAAGAUUUCGACAAAGUAUCUAUAUCGAAUGACAAAAAAGAUGACGACACGGGUACAGAGGAUUCGCAGAAGCAACCAGAUAAGCAUGAAAUGUCCGAGGAGAAGUGGACGGAAGAUUUUCUCAAACAGACGGCUGAUCAGUUUGAGAAAAACUUGCAAAAUCUAUUGCAAAACGGAGAUAGCGAACUGGAGACAGCUUUGCAGAAGCUUGGACAGACGUCGGCCGGUAACGCGGCGGAUGGGAAAGACACGAAUGUAGACUUUCAAUCAGCCAUUUCACAAGUUCUAAAAGAUCUUACUGCAAAUUCCGAAAAUUUACAGAGUGAAGCAGACGUGGCGGCUAUGCUCGGGCAAACAUCUCUCGACGGCGACACUGGUGACAUAUUACCGUUUAUGCAAGGAAUGAUGGAGCACCUCUUGUCAAAAGAGAUUCUCUAUCCGUCUUUGAAAGAGCUGUCGGAUAAAUAUCCGGCAUGGUUGGAGGAGCACAAGGCAACUCUGAACCCUUCUGACUUGCAGAGGUAUACAAGACAGUCGGAGUUGAUGCGAAAGGUGUGCACGGAGUUGGAAAAGGAGAAGGAAGACGACGCGGAGGACGUUAAGCAACGUCGAUUCGAGUGCGUGUUGAAACUCAUGACGGAAAUGCAAAAUUAUGGUCAAGCGCCCGACGAUCUCGUCGGCGAACAGUGCUCACUCUUUCAGUUCGAUUCCGAGGGCAAUCCUACCCUUCCAUUUCCACCUGGAGUAGAUUCGCAGCAAGACUGCUGUAUUAUGUAAAUACAUAUGAACAGCAGCUAUCUGAAUGUUUUCUGGAACAUUAUAUU